CAUGGGUGAACCUCUUGUCCACAUUUAAGAUAAUAUUAGCAUUUAUUCUCCACGAAUAAGUUCAUUAACAUGGCUUAAAGAAGGGUUUUGAUAGUGUCGAGAACAGGCUUUUUGCGUUGUUGAACAUGAAGUUAAUCCAGCACUCUGUCCAGGCACUGCAGACAGUGUUGGUCUCCAAUCAUAAAGACUUAGCUAGACUUUACAGCAAAUACACAAAAGCAGAGAGGCAUCUUCUGGAGGAAGGAUUCCAUGCAGGGCAGCGGCCCGAUUCCCUUUUCCAACCCAUCACAGGCCACUCUGACUCAGACUGGAUCUCCGCUCACCCUGAGGAGCAUCAAGACUUUGAGAGUUUCUACAGAGACCCUUCCCGCAAGACCCCAAAUGCAAGCCACAAUACUAUUUACAUUCAAACCAUAGGUUCCUUUGGCAAGGCGGGGGCUCAGACGGAUCAGUGUGUGGAGUGGCUCAGAGAAUACUGCCAGGCCUUCUUCUACGGGCUUUCUGUCAAGUUACUGCCGGCGGUUACUGUGGCUGAAACAAAAUGCUCCUUCAGGGUGAACAGCAACUCACACAACCUUCAGAUCCUCACCGGUGACCUGCUACAGUUCCUGUGGAGUAGGAAACCAACAGAUGCUUUCUGCAUUGUUGGGAUCACAAUGAUUAACCUCUACCCCAAAGACUCCUGGAAUUUGGUUUUCGGACAAGCUUCUCUCAGUAACGGAAUGAGAGUUUCAGCUUCUCCAGGUUCCAGUGCUGUGGGGUGGACUGACGAGCUGCACCUGGGCAGCUGUUAUAAGACAGCCCAUUGCGUUUCGGGAGGCCCCUCUCAUUCCUCUCGCAAAGUAAACUCCCCGUGUAAGCCUCGCGUCGCGGCUGUCUUUUUGGUGUCCACUAAUAAAGGAUCGUUAUACUUUCAGACCCCUCGUCUCGCCUCCCAGCUUUUUGUUGCAGCCCAAGAGCCGGGUUGUAACAUAUGGGGGCUCAUAAUGACCCAUGAGAUUGGUCACAUGUUUGGGUUGAAGCCUUGCCAGUGGCUGAGCUGUGUGAUGCAGCCGGGCUCCAACCACCUGGAGGAGUCUGACCGCCGCCCGCUGGACUUCUGUCCCGUCUGCCUUCGCAAGCUACAGGUCGCCAUCGGAUUCAAAAUAGCUGACCAAUACAAGGCCUUAGUGCACUGGAUGGAGGUGGAUCAAACACCAGAGGAGGCCUCCACCUGUCAGUCUCUGCUCCACUUUCCCAAACCAACAGAAGCCUUUCAGACCUCCAGACUGUGGCUGCACAGGUGCCUGGACAUACUGCGGGAAUAAGAAGCUACUAUAGUACUUGUAUAUAUGAUAUAUGCAACAUCCCCCACCUAUCCUUGUAUACACAUGUGCUUAAUACUUCUGCUGUUACAAAAGAGUCUUUAUUUUGUUGCACUGUUGCACCUUAUUUGAGGAUGAGCACAGGGCCCACUAGAGAAUGUAUCAGGUAGUUGAGUUGUAUUGAUUGUAAAAUAAUUAAAUGGCACUUCAGUUUCCAGGCCGAAUGAAAUGCUGAGUUUAGGUUAAUAUGUUUAUAAAUCUAGGUUAAAGAUGCCAUAUGUCUUGGACAUUAUAUACUUAUUUUUAAAUAUAUACAUUUAUCAAAAUCAUAAUUUCCAGUUAAUUAUGUGACAGACACAACAGAGGUUGCAAUGAGUUGCUUAUGAUCUGGACCGCUAAGCUUUUA